AUGACCUACCUAGGACAAGGUCGUCGGGGGUCAGGGUUGGGGUCAACUCAGGAUGAACUGAAAGUACUCCAGCAAGUCAACGGAGGGGAGAAUAUCUGUGUCUUCAAAGGCGUGGUGACUCCUGGAGAGCAGUUCCAGUUUGUCUCUCAGAGACACAGAGGUUUCCCCUUCAGUGCUACGUUGUACGUUAACGGCAUCAUGGUGGCCAGAAUCAGUUCCUGCUGCGAGUACCGCUAUGCUCCCGGCUUCCAGCAGGGCAGGAAGAGCUGCUUCAGACUGGCUUGGCAGGCUGGUGGGAUGCCCUGCUACAGAUGUACAAGUCUCCGAAACAAAUACAGCUCCUGCCAGCAGCUGAACAACGGCACAAAGGAGAACUUAAUUCUCCCUCUAGAGCAGAGCCCUGGCAAUGGCACCAUCGAAUCAUGUCCAUCAUCCCCUCUGUUUAUCCCAGCCAAACCAGAGAAGAAAUCAGCGAGGAGGACGAGAAAACACAUCAAAGAAGGCAGUGGAGGAUCUACAGACAGCGAGGACCCCGCUGUAGCUGGGAUUAAAGAGACCUCCAAGAAGAAACGACGCAAGGGUCAAACUAAUCAGAAAGAGAGCAAAGGCAAGACAGCCAGAAAUAAGAUGGAAGGGGGACAAGACAGCAAGGGCUCGGAGGUCUCGCAGAGGUCAGCGGGGACAGACAAAUGUGAAGAUCAAGCAUCGUCUGCGAGACAUGAACAGAAACAGCCGAAAACAACCAGCAGUGUCACAGCGCUGCAGACAGAGCAGCCUCGAUCAAACAAGACAAGCAAAGUUCUCGUCCUGGAGAGGUGCCGGCUCCAGAAGAGGCUGUCAUCGUGCCCCAAAGCUCCAGGCUCAGAUGUGGAGCAGAGUGCAGAAAGUGACACGGUCCUGCUGCCUGAUGGAGAGCCAGAGGAAGAAGAGGACACGGCCAGCCAGAGUGCUGGCAAAGAAGAGCCUGUUAAAGAACAAGACCUGCAGGCGCAGCUGGACGCCAUGAUGACGGUGUUGAGCACGUCCGAUGAGGUGGAGCAGCUGGUUCUGAGGAACACGGACCUGACAGACGACCUUCUGCUGAGCCUGGCGGGGGCUCUGAAGAGCAGCUUGUCCGAAGUUGUACUGCUCAACCUCAACCUCAACCUCAUCGGCCCAUAUGGUGCUCACAUCCUGCUGGACGUUCUGAGAGUGAAGCCUCAGGUCAAAGGCUUACACUUGUUUGGAAACAAACUGCGUGACCGUGGAGUGCUGACCCUGUUGAAUGGAAUUGCUGAGCUGCAGGAGCAAACAGCGAGAGCUGCUGCUGCCAUCCAGCAAGCCAUGCUUUUCCCAUUGGAGCAGAAUAUGCUUCUGCAGCUCCCCACUGGGUGGAGCUCCUUCAGGGUUUUUGCGCUUUUAGAACUGGAUGUUGGGGGAAACGGCUUGAGCAGCGACGGGGUGAAGGUGUUAGCAUCAUACAUGAGGCACCACUCAUAUAUUCAGUACCUAGGGCUGGCGCAGACCAGCAGUGCCGAUCUGGCGGCGUGGAAGGAGCUUUUCGACAGCCUCAAAGGAAACAGCUCGCUGACUCAGAUCAUCUUAGACGAGAACAACUUGGGAGACCCAGGGGUCAGGCUGCUGGCCGACGUGCUGAAAGAGAACAUGAGUCUGCGGCAGGUGGAUCUGGACAGGAACGGCAUCAGCGACGUGGGAGGAAAUGACAUCAUGGGGGCGUUGCUUUGCAGGACGCAGUUCCCACUGAGGCAUCUGAGCCUUCAGGAGAACAACAUCAGUGCAGGACUAAUGAGUAGGAUACAGGAGGAGGGCUGCCAGUCGUGACUCUGCUGGAACCAAUCCCUCCAUAUUUCAUCUGGAGUAUUUGCAAAUUCCUUUCUGUGGAACCCCGAUAAAGAUGAAGCCCCGGGAGGAUGACAGAUAAAUGAGACUGGCGCACCUGAAGAUUACAUCUGCAGAAGUUACCCUGCUCCGCCGUAUCAGACUGAAUAAGCUUCUGUUGUGGUGGCGAUCACUCAAACUCUAUACAGCAAAGAAAAGAUGUCUAGUUGAAGGUGUUAUUGAAAGAGGUUCUUUUAUAAGGUCAAUCCUUUGAAUCUAAAGUCUUGCAGAUGAGACAGGUGAGAUUUUGUUAUCAGCACUAAAAGCAGUACAUGUUUCUUUUCUUUUUGACUGUUCAUCCUCUAAGAUCUCAACAGCCACAUUUGUAGUAGGUUGAACACAAAACUAAGUGGUACACCAUCAUGCCUGGCUGAGCAUACGCUGCCAAACAAGAGCCGUACUGUAAUUCAGUCGACUCCUUCGAUGAAGCCUAUGUGCUUCUCUGUUACAAGUAAAACUCUGAUCAGUGACCCCUUUGUCUGUGUGCUAAUGGUAUCUGUAUUUGGCCUGAAACAAAUCCUGCUGUGUUACCAGCUUCUUUCAACUGCUCUUCCAAAAACACAGCCUUCAAUCACAGAAGCUCAAUCUGUUAGGAAUUUACAGGUUUGCUUGAGAAACAGUUUCCCCUUUCAGGCCUUUGUAGGUUUCUAUAUCGCAUCUCUCUGGAGCUUUAGCUGUGCAGUGAGGCCUCUCUAGUGCUGCAGUAUCCACUGUUGAACAGGCCAGAAAUAAUCAGGUUCAUUCAUCAAUGUUUUAGUGAUAAGAACUAUACGGCUAAUAGGUGAACUGUUACUUAUCCAAACUUGUAAAACAAGGAAUUACUUUUUUUUUUUUACAGCUGAAAUGUAGCAUAGAUAAAUCUGAUACACUGGUGCACAGAGGUUAAGUUUCAGACAAACAAUGCGAUGCUGUGGGGAAGACAGAGAGGGAAUUCAGUGUCUUGACUGUGACUAAGGGGCAAAAGCAAAACAAAUGACGGUUACUUACCCUCAUGGGAAGUUCAGUCAUUUGGACUUCCUUUAAGAGUGGUGAUGCUAUUUAUUCCCACUUACAGCAUAUGAAGGAUCAGUAUCUGUCUGUCAUUCACAACUAAUAUUUGAUGGAUUUUCAUUCAAUUGUGUACAGACAUUCAUGAUCCCAAGGUGAUGAAGCCUAAUGACUUUGUUGAUCUUUGUUAGUGACAUUUGUGGUUUGUACUGAAAUGUAUUACUAUUGGAUGGAUUCGACCAUCGGACAAGCACUUCUGAAAAAGCAAACUGUAAACAUGCAGCGACAGUAGAUAGCGGAAGGGAGGAUAAUGCCGCUUGAGAUACGCGGCCUAUGGCAGGCUUAUACUCAAAGUCAACAUAUGUCAGUCAGAGUAUGUUAUGUCUGUAUCCAGGGUUUUAUUAUCUGGUAAUUACGUUUUUUUCCAUGUAAAAUCUGUUGAAGUGAGGCAUACUGAAACGAAAACAUUAUAUUAUCGAUGGCCAUUAUCAAAGGCAAACUCGAUGUAGAAAGAUCUGACUGGCAGUGUGAAACGUGUGAGAGAUGCCGCUGUUCAGUAAGGGAGCCAUCAGGUAGGUGAUAUAAAUAAAACGAUUAGCCAGCAAUGGGUUAUGUUUUGUUUUUUUGAGAGUUUUUAUUCCAGGACAUAUUAUUUGUUUCAGAGAAAAGACGUAUAGCGAAAUGGAAAUUGCCGACUUUGAUUUGAAGUCGUCAGUAGCACGCUGUAAUUAAGAUGUCAUAAUGAGUCAUAUUAUGAAUGUGAGUCUAUUAAUGGCACUUCUUUUAUUUGGAAUGUGAUGUAUAAGAAUA